GCGUGGAAGAGGCGCGGGAGGCCCUGGGGCCAUGGAGCCUGGGGAUACAGCGCGCCCUGGCUCACGGAGGGUGGUUGGGGCGCUGCCGCCGAGGCUACUGCCGCUGCCACUAAUGCUUCUGCUGCUGGGUUGGGGGCUGCGUGCCGGGGCCGCGGCCUCCUCCUCUGGGGCGUCGGCCGAGGACAGCAGUGCCAUGGAGGAGCUCGCCACGGAAAAGGAGGCGGAGGAGAGCCAUCGGCAAGACAGUGUGAGUCUGCUCACCUUCAUCCUGCUGCUCACUCUCACCAUCCUCACCAUCUGGCUCUUCAAGCACCGCCGGGUGCGCUUCCUGCACGAGACCGGGCUGGCCAUGAUCUACGGACUCAUCGUUGGGGUGAUCCUGAGGUAUGGAACCCCUGCUACCAGUGGUCAUGACAAGUCACUCAGCUGUAGUCAGGAAGACAGGGCCUUUAGCACCUUAUUAGUGAAUGUCAGUGGGAAGUUCUUCGAGUACACUCUGAAAGGAGAAAUCAGCCCUGGCAAGAUCAACAACGUAGAGCAAAAUGACAUGCUACGGAAGGUGACAUUUGAUCCAGAAGUAUUUUUCAACAUUCUGCUGCCUCCAAUUAUUUUCCAUGCUGGAUAUAGUUUAAAGAAGAGACACUUUUUCAGAAAUCUUGGAUCUAUUCUAGCUUACGCUUUCUUGGGGACUGCUGUUUCUUGCUUCAUUAUUGGAAAUCUCAUGUAUGGUGUGGUGAAACUCAUGAAGAUUGUAGGCCAGCUUUCUGAUAAAUUUUACUACACAGAUUGUCUCUUUUUUGGAGCAAUUAUCUCUGCCACUGACCCAGUGACCGUGCUGGCAAUCUUUAAUGAGCUGCAUGCAGAUGUGGAUCUUUAUGCACUUCUGUUUGGAGAGAGCGUCCUGAAUGAUGCUGUUGCCAUUGUGCUGUCCUCGUCUAUUGUUGCCUACCAGCCAGCAGGGCUGAACACUCACACCUUUGAUGCCGCUGCUUUUUUUAAAUCAGUUGGCAUUUUUCUAGGUAUAUUUAGUGGCUCUUUUACCAUGGGUGCUGUAACUGGUGUUGUGACGGCUUUAGUGACCAAGUUUACCAAGCUGCACUGCUUCCCCCUGCUGGAGACAGCGCUCUUCUUUCUGAUGUCCUGGAGCACGUUUCUCUUGGCGGAGGCCUGUGGCUUUACAGGUGUUGUUGCUGUCCUUUUUUGUGGAAUCACGCAAGCUCAUUACACCUAUAACAACCUGUCAGUGGAAUCAAGAAGUCGAACCAAGCAGCUCUUUGAGGUGUUACACUUCCUGGCCGAGAACUUCAUCUUCUCCUACAUGGGAUUGGCACUGUUUACCUUCCAGAAGCACGUUUUCAGCCCCAUUUUCAUCAUUGGCGCUUUUGUUGCCAUCUUCCUGGGCAGAGCUGCACACAUCUACCCGCUCUCCUUCUUCCUCAACUUGGGCAGAAGGCAUAAGAUUGGCUGGAAUUUUCAACACAUGAUGAUGUUUUCAGGCCUCAGGGGAGCGAUGGCGUUUGCCUUGGCCAUCCGUGACACAGCCUCCUAUGCCCGCCAAAUGAUGUUCACAACCACCCUCCUCAUCGUUUUCUUCACUGUCUGGAUCGUUGGUGGAGGCACGACCCCCAUGCUGUCAUGGCUUAAUAUAAGAGUUGGUGUGGAGGAGCUUUCUGAAGAGGACCAGAAAGAACACGGCUGGCAGUACUUCAGAGUUGGUGUUGACCCAGAUCAAGACCCUCCACCCAACAAUGACAGCUUUCAAGUCUUACAAGGGGAUGGCCCAGAUCCCACAGGAGGAAGCCGGACAAAGCAGGAGAGUGCAUGGAUAUUCAGACUGUGGUAUAGCUUUGACCACAAUUAUUUGAAGCCCAUUCUUACCCACAGUGGCCCCCCACUAACCACCACUCUCCCAGCCUGGUGUGGCUUGCUAGCUCGAUGUCUGACCAGUCCCCAGGUAUAUGAUAACCAAGAACCGCUGCGAGAAGAUGACUCUGAUUUCAUUCUGACUGAGGGAGACCUCACCUUGACCUAUGGAGACAGCACAGUGACUGCCAAUGGCUCCUCAGGCUCCCACACAGCCUCCAUGAGUCUGGAGGGCAGUCGGAGAAUAAAGAGCAGCUCUGAGGAAGUUCUGGAUCGAGAUCUUGGAAUGGGAGACCAGAAGGUUUCCAGCCGGGGCACCCCACUUGUAUUUCCUCUGCAGGAAAAUGCAUGACUUUCCCCUAAGCCCUGAGGGAUGGGAGAGACCUCCCAGGGUGGGGGUCAAGAUGGCCACGUGUCCUAGUGUGUCUGAGGUGAGAUGUUGACUAGACUGAACUAAUACUCCUAUUUAAUUGGGGUGUGAAGCUAUGUUACCACUCAAAAUUUAACCCAUGACUCAGAUGGUGGAGCUAAAGUGUCUCUAAAUUAAAACAAAUGCAGACCUAUUCCCAUGUUUUCACAUAGUACUACGCUGCCUCAGAGUUAAACAAAAAUAGCAUGUUUUAAUGGUCUCUUAAUUCAUCUGCCUGUAGUACCUAAGCAAGGUGGAGCAGAUAUAGGGCUUCAUCUGUACACAGCAGUGCCAGGCUAGUUGGCUCGAGGAACAUCAAGUCAAGGUAGGACAGGCUAGAAGAAAGACCAUGAAGAAAGGCAAUUGAAAUCAGACCUCCAAAGUUGAUGGGAUGUUGUCGCUAUCCCAUAUAGAAAACAAUUAUUUGAGUGUAGCUUCUGACUGUACAGGCUCUUGCUAGCAGUAGUCCUUGCUAUGCUACCUGUUUCUCCUAAAUGGAAGAUUUGAACAUGUAUCCAUCAGCUGGGGUGUUAGCUCGCUGGUAGAGUGCUUGCCUAGUAUACACAAGACCCCGAGUUCCAUCUCUAGCAUGACAAAAAGAAAAAGAAAGUGUAUCCAUGAACAUUACAAGAUGAGGGAAGGAAGUACUCAUAGUUUCUUCUCUGGAAAUCUCUAUAAUAUUACUGAAAUGUUUAAAACCAAAGGCAAAUAGUGUUAACUUAGUUUUUCAUUAAUGUGAGGACAAGAUGUAUUUAGAAAUUGGUAAUGGUGGCACUGUAAAAAAAAAAUCACUGAACAUUUGUGGCCUA